ACUGCGCGAUGCCCGACACUCGGUGCGCCCUUCGCGGACCGGGCGACCCAGUGCGCUGCUGUAGCCUCUCCUUCAGUCCUGCGGACCCCGCGCCGAGCCGGAGCGGCUCUGGCCGCGGCCUCACGCAGCGCCCCGAGGCGAGAGCGCAGGCCCCGAAGACCCACCGCGCUGACAGUAUGAGCCGCACCGCCUACACUGUGGGAGCUUUGCUUCUCCUCUUGGGGACCCUGCUGCCGCCUGCUGAAGGGAAAAAGAAAGGGUCUCAAGGUGCCAUCCCGCCGCCGGACAAGGCCCAGCACAACGACUCGGAGCAGACUCAGUCACCGCAGCAGCCAGGCUCCAGGACCCGCGGGCGAGGCCAAGGGCGGGGCACAGCCAUGCCUGGCGAGGAGGUGCUGGAGUCCAGCCAGGAGGCCCUGCACGUGACUGAACGUAAGUACCUGAAGCGAGACUGGUGCAAGACCCAGCCGCUGAAGCAGACGAUCCACGAGGACGGCUGCAACAGCCGCACCAUUAUCAACCGCUUCUGCUAUGGCCAGUGCAACUCCUUCUACAUCCCCAGGCACAUCCGGAAGGAGGAGGGCUCCUUUCAGUCCUGUUCUUUCUGCAAGCCCAAGAAGUUCACUACCAUGAUGGUCACUCUCAACUGCCCCGAACUGCAGCCUCCCACCAAGAAGAAGAGAGUCACACGUGUGAAGCAGUGUCGUUGCAUAUCCAUCGAUUUGGAUUAAGUGAACACAUCCACCCUGUCCUGGGGACACAGCCCGGUGCAGCCUAGAGCCAGAUCCAAACACCCUGAUUCCCACUCUGCUUAAACCUAGAGGCCAGAAGAACCAGCAGCAUUCCUCCCGGCAGGAAUCUGCUGGUGCAUAGUGUGUGUGUGUGUAUGUGUGUGUGUGUGUGUGCAGGUGUGAGAGUGUGCGGUGUCCUCAGACACCAGAGGGAACCGUCUCUGAGAAAGGGCACUCUGAUACUUUGCUUUACACCAGGAGGGCGGAAAUGCCCACAGCACCCCCAUUCACACGCACAGGGGCGAGGCUGUGGUUGGGAUCUGCUCUUGUCUUUCCUGUGCCCUCCAGGGGACCAGGAUCUUCCUUCAGAAGGAAUGCCAAUGGCACAGGCCACUCUGAGGGCAAGAGACCUGUGUCCCUGCUGCAUUCAACUCGGAAACUUUAACCUGAUCUUGCUUCCCCCGCUUACUUUGCCCUCCCAUAGGUUCUCAGUGACCAUUUUGCCUCAUCCCAGUUCUGCCAGGGCUCCUAAAUUAAUUUGCUUGACAAUGGAUGUGAACAUUUGCCAUCUUGUGACAACCUUCUAGACUGGUGGAGGUGAGGCACUGCUGUGAUGAAGCACAAGCAAGACAGACAUGUGACCAAGGCAGAGUUGAGAGCGAGGACCAAUCAGGGUCAGCAAAAAUCAGCAGGGAGAUAUACAGAGACUUGGGAGGCCCACUGAAAAACCCAGUGGGACCUAGGCUUCAAUGAAAGCGUUUUCUUGAUAGUUAAGAGAACCCAAGUGAAUAGAUGAGAAAUAAAAUUGCCAAAAAUCAUUAACUUUGGCUGUCACUGAUCUCUUGAAACUAACUGUAACCCCACACUAGUCUUAAAACUUAAAUAUCAACCGCUCCUAUGUUUAGAACCAAGUAAUGAGUUAAACCAAAAGA